CACGAGUAUCAAUGACCAUAUAAAAUCAAGUCAAGGCCGCACUUAAAUCUUUGAAAGAUAAUCUCUUUUAUAUUUCUAUUGUUAUUGUUCAGGGUCAGUCAGUUUCUACGCAACCUACUCUGACAAAUUUCCAAAUCAAAGACAAUCCAUCAAAUAUGAAAACCGCCAAGUUCAUUAUUCUCUGGGGUCUAGGAAUGGUGGCAUGGGCAGCUCCUACUGUUGGCUCUGGUAUUAUUCAGCACAUUCCCUUUUUUGAAUAACUACUAAAACAAAGGAAGGUUUGACCAAGAGAGGUGAUUCUGGUAGUAGUAAGCAGUCCACGUUACGUUAUAGCUGGUAAGAAGGGAAAGCUCAUAGUGAACGUUGUCUAGGUGUAGCUGCAGUAAUGAUGUCGCAUGGCAAAGAAGUGGAUGAUGACGAUGUGAUCUACACGGACUACAGGAGAGCAGCUCGACCAGGUGAGUGAAAUCCAUAAUUAUUUUUCUGAGAUGAAUCCUACUUACUUUUCAUUAUAGAGGAGAGCGAUGAUGGGGAUGUCAUUUAUACAGACUACAAGAGAGAGACCGAUGACAAGGAUGACAUUUACACAGACUACAAGAGAGAGACCGAUGACAAGGACGACAUUUACACAGACUACAAAAGAGCAGCUCAACCAAGUAAGUGAAAUCCAUAAUAAUUUUUCACAGAUGAAACCUACUUACAUACAUACCAAUAACAGAGGAAGAAGACGACAAGGACGACAUAUACACCGAUUAUUGAACAAUGGUAGAAUUAGAAUAUCUGGACAUGGACUUCUAUGGGGGGCAUUCAUACCAUCAUACCCAACAGCCUGACCAAGCAGAACAUAAUCUGACAAUAUCAAACAAAGUUCAUUCAAUGUGUUCAACCUCUAGCUAGCUCUUUCACUAAAAUUACAAUCUAAGCUAGAAAGAAUACUUAUCAAUAGGUA